AUUUGAGUUGUGUGCUCAUUUUGUAUUGAUUGAUGUUGAAUCAGUUUAUUAAUUUUGUCAAAUAAUUACCAUCAGAUUCUAGAUUUAAUAAUUUAUUCUAAACAAUGGAUUCAAUAUCGAAAAAUGUUUCAACUGAAGCCAUACAAAUGUUGGAAACAUUUUGGAAGCGUGAAUUGUUAUCCGUACAGAAUACAACCUGUAAUGAUUUCCGAAAUCAAGAAUUGCCGUUAGCUCGAAUCAAAAAGAUAAUGAAACUAGAUGAAGAUGUCAAGUUUGUUUCAAUUGCCAUUAUAAAGAUGAUCUCCGGUGAAGCGCCUGUCUUAUUUGCCAAAGCUGUUGAAAUGUUCAUAUCAGAAUUAUCAUUACGUGCAUGGAUUAAUACCGAAGAAAACAAACGACGAACAUUACAACGUAAUGAUAUAUCAACAGCCAUAUCUAAAUAUGACCAAUUUGAUUUCCUUAUCGAUAUUGUACCACGUGAAACCAAACCAAUUAACAAAAAACCAGAUACACCAUCAUCAUCACAUUUAUCAAAUCAAAUUGCCAACCAAGAUCAAUAUAAUUAUCUGGUACAAAUUGCUCAAACGUCACCGACAAUACAUCAUCAAACCAGUGCUGGACAUCCGAUACAAAUCAUUCAAACAUCACCCAAUCAACCAAAUCAAUUCGCUUUAUCACCCCAGCUUAUUCAAGUUCCCGUUCAAACAACAUCAUCAUCAUCAUCGACAUCUAAUCAUCAAAAUCAUGAUGCUCAACAAAUUGUUAAUCAUAAUUCUCAAGUACAACAAUUACCAAUAACAUUGUCAUCACAACAAUAUCAAACAUUAAUACAGAAUCAAUCAUCUAAUCAUCAUCAACAAAUAUUAUUACCCGCACAAUAUAUCACUACCAAUAGCCAAGGACAAAUGGUUCAAACAUUAAUAUCAACAUCAUCGACAGCAUUGAAUAAUACAACAACUAAAAUUAUAACACAACAACAAAGACAAACUCAUUCUAGAAUUUCACAAUCAAGAUCAUCUUGAUUGUCGGUUUUUUUUGUUGUAAAAAUGAAUAAUGAAAUGUUUUUGUAAAAAUUAAUUCAUAAUUUUUAUUUUUAUGAAAUUAAUUAAUCAA